CGGCACUUGAAAGCCUCAGCGGUCACGUGAAAAAUCCAGCAGAAACAGGAAAUGGUGCAGAGCUGCAGUUUUUAGGAACAGAAGAAGAAGAAAGAUGAGCACCGCUGCGCUCACCGCGGGUCUGGACCGGAUCCCCGACCAGCUCGGUUACCUGGUCAUCAGUGAGGACGGAGUUCUGGCCUCUGCAGGUGAGCUGGAGAACGACGAGCACACGGCCGGCGUCAUGAUGCAGAUGGUCCGCACGGCGAGUCGCUUCAGGUUGUCCGGGUCGACCGAUCCGCCCUUCAAACGGAUGUCAGUGAUCCUGGAGGACUUCGUCUACACGGUGACGGUUUCCGGUCAGAAGGUGUUCGUGGUCAAACGUCAGAACAACCAGCACGAGCCAAUCAGCGUGUAGGAGGAGGUCAGGUGGUCCGAUGAUGAAAGUGUGACUGCAGUUUAUUUGACAUUUAGUUUGUUUGCUGUUUAAGUUUUCUGUCAAAUAAAAUUAUUUGAAUCUUU